AUUUUUAUUCAAAUACUACGCUCUGAUUUAUCAACUGUCAAGAUUGACUCCGACUCUGGUGUGGUCAUUAAUCCUUUUGCUCCUUUCGAGAUCAGGUUUUUGGGAAACAAUGCUUACCUGCUUCAGACUGGUUGUGGGUAUGUCCCUAUUUACUGUCACAUGACCAACUCUGGCAUGGGCGCGUGUGGAGGAGGUGGAUGGACGCUGGUCAUGAAGAUUGACGGCCAAAAGGUAGGUCCUUUGUAAAGCUCAGUAAGAAGGAGGAAACUGUGUUUGCUGUCGCCCAGAUUCAUUUAUCGUAGGGAGGCUGCUUAACUCAGGAAAUUAAAAUUCAUCAUAUUUUAUUGAACAUAAAAGUUUAAAAUCCAUGAUUGCGCCCAUCAAUCCGCAAAACUUUGAGCGAAAGAAAUAAAAAGAAAAGGGAAAUUAAAAUCCGAUAAUGGCAAUACAUGAAAUUGACAUUUUUUAUCCUAAGAAGUGUCCGAGCGAGUCUGAAACAGUAUUUGUCGAGUACAAAACUGUUUUUGCGCGACGAACUUAAUUUCUUUUGUUUUGUUAUCACAGCGGACUUUUCACUACGACUCACAAUACUGGAGCAACAAAGAAAGCCACAAUUUAGAAGGAGGAAUGACUGCAUUUGACAGACAAGAGACCAAACUGCCAACCUACUGGAACACACCCUUCUCCAAGAUCUGUCUCGGAAUGAAGGUCGGCCUCCAACCUGUCAGAUUCAUUGUCAUGAACACCCCCGCCAAUUCCUUGCAUUCACUGAUUGCCAACGGAGGAUAUCAUAACACUUCGUACGGGCCUGAAAAGUGGAAGGCAUUGAUUGGCCCCGAAGCCUCAUUGCAGAGGACCUGUUUCGAGGAGGGUUUUAAUGUUCAACGUGGUUCUUCUUCUUACUCCAAAGCUAGAAUUGGCAUAGUUGGUGGCCAAAAAUGCUCUUCAUAUUAUAUGACUUCCAGAGUUGGUUUUGGUACUGGAGGUCGGCCUGAUGAUAGCAGCUCGUGUGGCAACGAGGAUCAGCGCGGCGGUAAACAUCUAAAAGCGAUGGGGUACAUCUUUGUUCAGUGA